AUGAUGCGACCCCGGCCGGCUGCGCGCGCGCUGCGCGCGCCGCUGCUGCGCGCGGACGAGUGGGUCGUGAUCGACUUGGGCAGCCGCGUGUGCCGCGCGGGCUUGGGUGGCGAGGCUGCGCCGCAGGCCCUCUUUGACGCGUGCGCGCUCGUGCAGCGCCCGGCCGCGGCGGACGCGCUGUGGGACCUCGACUGGCAGCGCGCCGACGCGCGCCCCGCGCGCGAGCGGCACGCGAUCCUCGUGCGCCACCUCGCGCGCAUCGUGCGGACCGUGUACCAGGAGCACCUGCUGUGCGAGGGCCAGGCCCACCCCGUGCUCGUGGCGCACAGCCCCCUCGGCCUCGAGGCGCUGCGGCACGCGUGGUGCGAGGUGCUCCUGCGCACGAUGCACGCGCCGAGCGUGUCGUUUGUCGAUACCCAUGUGCUCUGCACGCUAGCGGCUGGGCGCACGAGUGCGCUCGUCGUGGACAUCGGGCACCUCGAGGCGUGUGCGAUGCCCGUCUACGACGGGCGGCCGAUGACCUCGCUCGUGGCCACGACGCCGCGCGCCGGCCGCCGGCUGGCGCAGGGCCUCGAGGUGCUCCUGCGCGCGCAUGCGCCGCGCCGCGAUGGGGCGGCCGAGUACAGCGACGCCGUCGUGGCUAUCCAGACGCAGCUCCUCCUCGUCGGUGCGCCGUGUGCGGCCCCCGGCGCCGGCGCUGCGUGGCCCGUGGACCCUGACGCAUUUGCGCGGGCCUAUGCGGCACUACCUACGAGCACAGGCGAUGCACACUACCGAGGGAUCCAGGUGCCUGGCUGGCUGCGCGAGCGCGCCGCGGAGCUCCUCCUUGAGCCGGGCGAUGAGGACGAGCAGAGCGUCAGCGAGUGUAUCGCGCAGUGUGUGCGGUCGCUUCCGCGCGAUCUGCGGCGCGAGAUGCAAGCGUCCGUGCUGCUCGCGGGCGGCACAGCCAUGCUCCCAGGCCUUGCCGCGCGUCUCGAGGCGGAUGUGGCGCAGGCGCUCGGCGUGGCCCCCGACGCCGUGCGCGUGCUUGGCGGGCGCACGUCGUUCGUGCCGAGCCAGGUGCUCGCAUGGACGGGCGCCACGUCGCGCCUGUGA